UACGCGUAUAGACGUAUCCGUAUCGAGUAGUUAGUGAUGGUGUACGUACGACGACAAAAGCAACGAAACGUUUUAAAGUUCUUCCGGUCGUUUUAAAGGGUCGUGAUUUUUUGGCGCAACGUGUUGUUGUACAAUAAAUUUAUUGCUAAAGUGAUAAACGAUCGCGCAGACCGACUGCUGUGUUGUAUUGCGAAAUUCCAAUUGUUGGCGGUUGUGCUUGGUGUUGACUUAAAACAAGGGGUUUUUGAACGGCGGUGAUCCUCAACGUAUCAACUGUUGAUAUAUACUCCUAGCAUAAUAUAUAUUUGCGUUUUAUGUGCAUUACGACCGAUUGUGUUUGAUAUACAUACACGUAUUUAUGUGACAUAUGUAUUUAUCUGUAUGUAUGUAUGUAUAUAAAAAUUUCUUAAAAUUGAUAAAUUCAUUAACGUGGAAAAAUGUGUAAAGUGUAAAUCGUAAUUUGAACGAUAAAAGAAUCAGUUUGACCAUAACCAUCAAUAUAUAUUACCAAGACCUCAACAAAGUUAACGUAAUCUACAACCGUUUAAUGUCUUUGGUCGCAUUGUUAUUGCUAUUUGUCGCUAGCACUCUUGCUGAGGCUGUGAAAGAAGAGAAUCAGCUGCACAUAUCGACAACGCGUCAUUGGGUCAAUGCGUCAAUAUGCUGUCCAAUAGGUUGGUCUCUAGUCAAACUCAAUAUGGGCUUCUUUCGUUCGGACGUCUACGAAUGCCGCAAUGUGUUUCACAAUGACGAUAACAGUGAAUAUAUUGGUAAUAUUGAAAAUAAAACUGAAAUUUUCGAACGAACUGCACCAGUUUAUGGCUACCGCAUACAGGCGCCCGCAGUGGAUGACGGCGGUAACUACAGCGGCGAAGUGCCGCAAUGUAAACGGCAGACAUUCGUCUUUCUCACCGGCGACAAAGAGUUGGAAUUACCAGCUAACACUUGUCUCACAAGUGUGGAUCGACGUUUGGCGGCCAUUUAUUGUCCGCCAGCAAGGGGUGAAACUCUACAAACACUAAGUGUCGUGCACAAAUGUUGUCCAUUGCGUUACGUAUACGACGCCGAUAAUCAAAAAUGUGUACAACGUGCGGGUGUACAGACGUUUCAACGUUACGGCUACUUGUUGCAGCAAUGGUCGAUUUUCGUGGAUGGUACGGUGCAAUGUGCAUCCGAUAUGGUGUUGGUGGAGUAUAAUCUCAGUGGCAAGGAAGUGAAAUUCAUCGAUGGCAAAGUGGCUAUUGCUGUGCGCAGUGAAUGGAAGAAAUUCAAACAAUCCGAAUACUGUAUGGAGGCAAUCGAAGGUGCCAACGCCUGGAAUGAUUUGGCUGAACAACGUUAUUUAGUGCGUACUUGUGAACCGCGUCGCGUGUGUCAGGGUAUUGCAUGUAUUCGUCGCUGCUGUUCUGAUGGUGAAUUCUUUACGAAGGCCAAUAAAACUUCUUAUUGCAAGCGCGAUGAGGCGGAUAUUGGUUUCCAUAGCUUCGAGAGUCUGCAAAUAAGUGGAAACUUCACAAAACCUGCAGUGUUUGGUAUUUUACGUGGCUUGGAUUGUCAAAGAUUUCUUCUCAAUCCCGAUUUAUAUAGUUCUGAUGCGCACCUCAUCAACACCAAUGAUGGAUCGCUAUAUGUUGCAGCCAGCACGAAAAACUACACCAACAAUCAGUAUUGCGUGGAAAAGAUACGCAAUUCAACAUUUGGCGAACAGAAGCUCUACACAUUUCUCUGCUUCGACUCGAAAGUGGUUGGGAAUGAGAAGAUUCGUUUCAAAAUGUAUCCCAUCGGACUGUUGAUCUCAUGCUCCUUCUAUGCACUAACACUGGGCGUGUACUUAUCCAUUUCGCGUUUGCGUAAUUUACCCGGCAAAAUUUUAAUCUGUUUAGUGAGUAAUUUAUUUGCGGCUUAUCUGGGUAUUGCAUUGGGUCAACUCAUACCGACCAAUAAUGAUAGUAUGUGCUUCGCUUCAGGAUAUUUUAUUUACUUUUGUCUCAUGGCUGCAUUCGCGUGGAUGAAUGUUAUGUGCUUCGAUAUCUGGCAGACGUUUGGCACAGCGAAGAAGAAGCGAGGUUUCCAGACAAAGAAUACCUGCCGCUUCUUGCUCUACUCACUUUACGGCUGGGGACUACCCACAGUGAUGACUGUGAUUACCGUGUCAUUGGCAAAAUCCGAUUUGCUGAGUGAGGAUUUACGUCCAAACUUCAAGCAGGGUCGCUGUUGGUUCACAUAUGGCACUUUCGCCUCAGCAAAUUUACUUUUUUUCUCCGGUCCGAUUGGUGUACUUUCACUCAUCAACUUUGUGCUCUUUCUACUAACGCUGCGCUACUGCAAUCGCGUGAAACGCGAAAUUUUCCGCAUGCAGAGCUCCAAUGCGGAGAAACCGAUUAUGCGACGACGUUUCUUUGUGGAUAAAGCGCGCUUUGCGAUGAACACGAAACUCUUCAUUGUGAUGGGCAUCACAUGGUUUAUGGAACUGUUGAGCAUCGUACUAUACGAUCGUAAAAAGAUGUUCUUUUGGGUCGUUAGUGAUUCAUUCAAUGUACUGCUCGGUGUUUUUGUAUUCUUCAUUUUUGUUUUUAAGAAGCGCAUUUGGCAUGCAAUACUUGUUAAAUUAGGCUUUCGUCCGACUGACAGUCUGAAGACGCUACCUCCCGCCACAUAUGCCACACAGUCCACAUAUGCGCCACAGACCCUCUCGAUGACACGCCUAAAUGCCAUCGAGGGCAAUCUGUCAUUGCUUUGUAAUACGGCAAAAAAUUAAUUUAGGCAUAAGUUAUGUAUGUGUUUGUCUAAUGUAUACC